AGAUUGUAGAAACAAGUCGUAUGCUUUGGUUCAGAGAUCCUUGACAAAACCAAUAUUUCAACUUUAUAAUCUUUUUUUCCUUUGGCUUAAACUGAUAUAAAUAAAUAAAUACCUUACAAAUAUGACCAGUAAAUUAGCUAAUAACAUUUAAACUCUCACAUAUAUAUAUAUAUAUAUAUAUAUAUAUAUAUAUAUAUAUAUUCUCCCUCUGAAUUGGUAUACCACAUUAUACUUGGAGCAACAAGUAAUGUUUUUUUUUGCUUAUCUUUCAUAAAAUGAACGUGUCAAUGUUAUCUUGUGGCUUUGGCUUCAUCUGAUUUGAAGAACCUGUUACCUACAAAGACAAGUAAAUGUUACAUUAUAUACAUAUAUAUGAAUAUGGAAUUCAACAACUACUAUUAUAAUAUUAAAGAUUUUUUCCUUCUCAAUUGGUCUAUCACGUUAUAUGUGGACAUUAGACCAUCUCCAAUGGUACUCUAUAAUUUUCUCUAUAUUUCACUCUAAAAUAGAGUAACUCUAUUAUAGAGUUGAAUUUGCUCCAAUGGUUCACUCUAUAAUAGAGUUAUUCUAUAAUAGAGUUAAAUAUAGAGUAAUCUUGUUUUUUCACUCUAUAUUUGGAGUAAAAAAAUAAGAUUACUCUAUAUUUCAUUCUAUUAUAGAGUGAACCAUUAGAACAAAUUCAACUCUAUAAUAGAGUUAUUCUAUUUUAGUGUAAAUUAUAUAAGAAAAAAUAGAGUUUCCUUGGAGAUGAUCUUACUGACAUGAUUGAAUUGUUUAAAAAAAAAUGUUAUGCGCUGUUUUGUUCUUCGUUUAUAUAAAUCUUUGUGCUCGGUUUUGUUCUUUCUCAUAAGUCGUACUAAUCAAGAAAGAACAAAAAAAUGACAAGAAUAAUUACACACUUUGCUAUUGUCCUGGUUUGCUUCUUCUUACUCUCUCUACAAACCAUGUCCCAAUCUGUAGAAAUAACGUAUGGUUGCAACCAAACCUCCACCACUUUCAAUAAUUCUAGCGCUUAUCGAUCAAACCUAGAAACUGUCCUCUCUACCCUUCGCGACCGUUCUUCCCUCGGAAGCUAUGCCAACACCACGGCCGGUCUUAGCCCAAACACAGUCUAUGGCAUGUUCCUCUGCAGAGGAGACAUCAAUAGAGCAUCUUGUUCAAACUGUGUCCGUUCCGCAACGUCAAACGUCGAUGAAACUUGCAAUUCUGACAAAGGAAAUUUCAUAUUCUAUGAUGAAUGUAUUGUUCGGUACUCAAACUUCUCUUUCUUCACGCUCUUCGAGGAUGGACCUGCCUUCGGUAGAUUCUCUAUGCUCAGUUCUUCAGAAUAUCCUGAAAUUUUCAACCAAACACUUAGUGGAAUACUAAACGAGCUCAUCCUCAGAGCCUCCUCAUCUUCAUCAUCACCGAUUCCAUAUUUUGUGGAGGAUCAAGAACAUGUUACUCAAUUGGAAAGUUCUUAUGAUUUAAAGGCCAUCGUCCAGUGUAGUCCUGAUCUUGAUCCACGAAACUGCACCCUGUGCUUGAGACGUGCAGUCCAAUAUUUAUCUGGAUGUUGCGGCCAAGCUCGUGUGACAUCGGCUAAUAUAUUAUUUCCUAAAUGUCUUCUCAAUUAUAACAUCUCCGCGUUGCAACGGAGUCGUGGCGUUAUAAAUGGUUAGUAUAUAUUUUUCUUAAUUUAUAUGCAUUGCGCGGUUUUGGUCUCCCAUAUUCUGAUCUUAUUUAUUAUCAAAUGGUUUUAAGAAAAUCAUAUCGAAAAUUUAAGAAAAUCAACACUAAUAUAUAUAGACAUAUUUGGUAUCAAUUGGUUUUUUUUUUUUUUUUGAAAAAAAGUAUCAAUUGGUUUUAAGAAAAUCAAUUUAUCGCUUGGUACAUGUUUAAUAUCAAUUGGUUCUAAGUGCAAAACACAUACAUCAAUUUUUUGAAUUUUCAACUUUUAUGUUGAAUCAGUAGAAACAUAAUUUUUAUUUAGAUUGAUUUUUGGUCGUUUUCUAUUUUUAAUAAAAGCUUUUUAUCUGUCUGUUUUACAGGAAACGAAAUAUUAGGGAGAUCGUUUAUUGCAAUUAUGACAGCUUUGGUGUUAGCAUCAACAGAUUUAUGAUCAGAUGUAGUGAUGUUUAAGGAUUGUGACAAAUGAUUUAUCUCUGUGUUCUCUUGAUUUGAGUGACGUACGACGUGUUGUAUAACAAAUUUGUUUGCAAAGUUUCAGGAUGCAACAUACUUAUAACAUAAUCAAACAGCUAAAUAAUGAUUUAAGGAAUAACCAGUUCAUUCAUCCACCAACUUCUCACCAACAAGAGGCUUUGAUUCAACAACUUACCUUAUUUAAACUGAAAUAUUGAAAUACUAAGGUUUUCUACUUUUCUCACGACCGCGCGGUAGAUGAUAUAUAGCCCUGUUCGUUUGGUUGCCGCAGGUUUCGGCGUCAGCGGCAGCGGCAGCGUCAGCGGCGGCGGUAGCGUCAAUGAAGACAGUUGUUGUUCGUUUCGCAGACGCUGACGCUGCCGCUGACGCUGCCGCAUAUCAUAUCGCGACCGCAGAAUGUUGACGCUGCCGCUGCCGCCGGUACCUGCGGCAACCAAACGAACAGCCCUAUUAAACAAUAUACGCUGAGUCAAGUCUACAAAAUUAUUAUGAAACAAGAUUCACUAUAAACAAAGACCAACAGGAAGAUUCUUGCUUCUAUGUGUACACAUUCAAAAUUAAACACAACAUAAGUAACAUUAAAUUACACACAUGUACACUUCAAAUCAUAAGUUAAAA